AUGUCUUCCACUUCACCUCAGACAAAACACAGAGACUCCGACAACAAAAACGAGUGGGAUGAUGACGUCACUUGCAUGACGAGCGCAUCAGAACUCUUCUCUACUCGAAGAUCUCGUCUGGAUCGUAGACAGGGUUUGAAUACGAACAGUACUGAUUUGGAGAUCGAAAGUAACAAUUUUGGUAACAUAAAUGGAUCAGACAGGCUUCCUGGAUCUGUUCUGCUUGCAAGGGCAAGACUUUUCGAAAGAUUGAGAGGUGUUUCUUUGUCUAGUAACAGUCGAGCCAGCAGAGUUUCAUUGGGAGAUGAUCAGAUGGAGUCUUCAGGAGUUAGGUUUUCGUUUUCUGCGGAUCCGAAUUAUCAACCAGAAGUGUCUUAUGAUUUGAACAAGAAACCACAAGGUCUCACACAAGGUGCUAUUAACUGUUUAAAUCGCCAAACUUUUAGCUCGGCCAAGGUUGAAACCGAAAUGAGAGAUUGUAGUAUAUGUUUAGAGAGUUUCACAAAAGGCGACAUACUUAUAACCUUACCUUGUACCCAUAGUUUCCAUUCUUCUUGCUUAAACCCUUGGCUUAAAGCUUGUGGAGAUUGCCCGUAUUGUCGUAGAGCCAUAGCUGAAAGCAUAGAAACUUGUAAAUAG